AUGAAAAUAUCAAAUUUACAGAAUUUAGUCGCAAAUCUGCUACUUCUCAAGCUUUCCCUUGCAUAUUCUGAUACAGGAAAAAAUUGUGUUGUGAAUUAUCACACAGUGAUCGAAUAUGAGUACGUCUAUGUUUCUGAUUCGGAGACUUCAAACUCUCAAAGGGCUCAAUUAUCAUCUGCUACAAAAGUUCCAAAGCCAUCAAAUUCAGGAGUUAUAUUUACUUCAGUGAAUUCUGAUAAAUCUACCUAUCCGCCUGUUUCGCCAACCUAUUCGAUCGCCCACUCAUACGAAACAACUUCAUCUGGAACCUUUACAUCGCCUGAUGGCUCUUUACCUUCAGCAAAGAAUGAAUUAUCCGCUGCAAGUUCAUCGACUACGAGUGAUGCAAACCUUGCAAGUUUAAGUCGGGACUCAGAACUGACCACUGUCUCUUCAUCUUCAUCUUCAUCUUCAUCUUCAUCCACUUCAUCCACUUCAUCCACUUCAUCCACUUCAUCCACUUCAUCCACCACUACUGGGAGCUCGAGUUCCGCAACAGGCUUCGAGGAAGUUUACUUACAGAAGCACAAUCACUACAGAUCGUUACAUGAGUCAACUCCGGAUCAGGUCUGGAAUAGCGAUGUUGCUGCCGUUGCACAACAGUACGCAGACUCCUAUACAUGCAGCGGCGAUCUCGUGCACUCGGGUAACUCUUUGAAUGGUCAAAGUCUGGGUGAAAACUUGGCUUACGGCUAUGACUUUUCAUCUGCUGGUGCCGUGACUGCAUGGUACAACGAGAUUAGCGAAUAUGACUACUCUAACCCAGGAUAUUCCUCUGCAACUGGUCAUUUUACACAAUUGGUUUGGAAGUCCUCAACUGAAGUGGGUUGUGGGUAUAAAUAUUGUGGCUCUACCUUGGGUUACUAUAUUGUUUGCAAUUACCUACCAAUAGGAAAUCUCAUUUUGAGUGGGGACCCAAGUUACUUCUUCGAGCAGAACGUUUUGCCAUUGAAAUCAUGA